GUUAUGAUCGCUACCUACAGUCUUGCCCUUACAAUAUCACUCAUUCCCACGACACGGGCACAGGUUCGGGACCGGCAAGGAAGGCAGAUUGGGCCUGUCCAAAUGCUGUCCGGUUUUUUUACUUUCUUUUGGGGUACAUGGCUUGAUGAAUCAUUAGCUGCAGGUCCAUUUGCAGGUGUAUCUCGAUACACGGUUGUACUUCUUGGCUACCCUAUAUUUAUCUUAUCAAUCGGCUACUUUGCGGACCUCAAUUUGCAAAUUCACCCACUUAUUCGCCUUGAAGGAGAAACAUCUAUGAGUACAGCAUGCUAUUUCCUACUAGUAGUAAUAUUAUUCACUUUCCUUGUAGCCACAUUCUGCCAGCCCUGAAACACGCAGUGAUGGACCACCAAAACCACACCCUACUGUCACAUUAUCACAGCGCUCCACUGCGCCACUUGGUUUUUAUUGUAUUUUGUUUUGUAUGCUACUUAUUAAAGCUCCUACAUACAUACAGAUGG